UAAUUAGGAUUUACCUGGGUAUAAAAUAGGGCGUAAAAUCUUUCUUCAACAUCACUUCGAUUCGGAGUGUACCCGACCGCCAUUAUCGAGUGACUCUAUUCCUAACGCCAAUCGCCGGCGAUUUCAUCAUCUCCGUCGAUUCUAAGUCGGUUUAGGGUUCCUUUGUGGAAGGAGUAGGGUUUAUAUUCAAGAGGGCGAGAACUAAGGUUUACAAUUUUCUAUACCAGCUUCGCAGCUCAGAAAGGUCUUCAUUUUCAUGACUUGCAAGUUCCUUUCAAGGGAGAUCAUAUCUUUGGGUUCAGAGGCUUGAAGCAUAUAAAGCGUCGACAGUUUCAUUUACAUACCAUUUUCUUCAAGGGGGUUCUUUCUCUUAUAAAAAUGUCUGUAACAGCUGGUGUAAGUGAUGCAAUUAUUGCAAUUAGGGAAAAGCUCAGGGGUAAAAUUGGCCAAACAAAAGUGAAAAGAUAUUGGCCUGGUAAAGCUCCUGAAUGGGCAGAUGAACCGGAAAAAGAUGAGGAUAUUAGGAUGAACAGGGAAGCAGCACUUGAGAAAGCCUUUCCCAGCCAGGGUAGUUCAGACAUUGCAAGAAAAGAUGAUGCAAGGCUGCGUCGACUGGCAGAGAGUAGAGUUGAUAAUCGCGAGGAAAUCAGAGCAGAUCAUCGACGCAUCCGCCAAGCGGAGAUUGUUUCAACCAUAGAAGAGGAAAAUAGAAGACUAGAAAGAAUGGAAUUUGAGGAGGAUGAUGAAGAUGCCUUGGAUGAAAGGAGGAGGAGAAUCAGGGAAAAAAAUCUGCAGAGGCAACAAGAAGAAGCUCUGCCGGAGGAAGAAGAAGAGGAGGCAGAGGAAGAGGAGGAAGAGGAAUCAGAAUAUGAGACUGAAUCAGAGGAAGAGACCACAGGGAUAGCAAUGGUGAAACCAGUUUUUGUUCCAAAAUCUGAGAGAGACACCAUAGAUGAGCGUGAGAAGCGUGAGGCAGAGGAACGAGCUCUCGAGGAGUUAGUGAAGAAGAGGUUAGAGGAGAGAAAACUUGAAACAAAGCAAAUAGUAGUCGAGAAGAUACGAGAGGAAGAAAUAAUUCAGAAAAAUUUGGAGCUGGAAGCUAAUAUUGCUGAUGUAGAUACUGAUGAUGAGGUGAAUGAGGCUGAAGAAUACGAAGCUUGGAAGUCCAGAGAAAUUGCCAGGAUCAAGAGGGAGAGGGAGGACAGGGAGGCUAGUAAGAAGGAGAGGGAAGAAAUAGAGAGAGUAAGAAAUAUGACGGAAGAAGAGAGGAAGGAGUGGGAAAGGAGAAACCCGAAACCUGCCCCACCACCCAAGCAGAAGUGGAAGUUUAUGCAGAAAUACUACCACAAGGGUGCUUUCUUCCAGUCAGAUGCUGAUGACAUAGCUGGAACUUCUGGUGCUGGUGGUAUAUUCCAUCGUGAUUUCUCUGCACCAACAGGGGAGGAUAAGUUAGAUAAAUCCAUACUACCAAAAGUCAUGCAGGUUAAACACUUUGGUCGCAGUGGAAGGACAAAAUGGACACAUCUUGUCAAUGAGGACACAACUGAUUGGAACAACCCGUGGACAUACAAUGACUCUCUUCGGGCCAAGUACAAUACGAAAAUGGCUGCUGUUAAUGCUCCUAUUGCAAAGCCUAAGGGUAAGAAAUUGAAGGAUUGGGAGACCCGGUGAAGCCGUAUGUAGUCUGGUUCUUGCUUGUGCUCAUGGUUUAGCUCUCAGAUUGUUUGAAGCACUGUGCUGACUUUCUGUUUUGCUCGUUGCAUUCAAAUGUCAUCUUUAGCUCUUGUGCGAAGUUAUAUGAAUGGCAGAGAAGCACAUUGUGAUAGCAAUUUCAGAAUCCUAAUUGUCUCCUUAUUGAAAAAUUCAUGCAUUACGGCAUAGAUUGUAUUUCUCUUUUUUAAUUAUUCAUACUAAAAGCAUGAACGGAACUUGUUCCUCAGUAUCGUUCACUUUGCUCAAUUAAAAUCACGACUAAAACUUGUGUAACCAUCAAUUUGUGAUGCUUAGUGUUCAUUUCUUGCUA